AUGGCCGUCGACGAAGCAACACAGACCAACGGCGUCCCCCCGCCCACCGCGGGGCAGUCAAAGGCAGAAGAAGUCUCACAGGCCAAAUGGAGCGUCGAGAGCGUCCUCACCGAACUCAACCUCACCUACACGGAAUCGACCGCCUCCCCCCUCCCCUUCUUCCACCUCCUCCAGCGCCUCAAAACCACAAAACGCGCCGGCUGGCAACGCUUCGGCAUCCCGGCCCCCGAAUCCAUCUCCGACCACAUGUACCGCAUGAGCAUCAUCACCAUGCUUGCGCCCGCCAGUCUGUCCAGCAAACUCGACAUGGCCAAGUGCUGCCGCAUGGCGCUCAUCCACGACAUGGCCGAGGCGCUGGUGGGAGACAUCACGCCCGUCGAUCCAGUCAGCAAAGAAGAGAAGAGUCGCCGCGAGAGCGAGACGAUGGAUUACAUCUGCGAGAAGUUGUUGGGCAAGGUUGGUGGGGGGCUCAAUGGCGUCGAGGUCAGGAAGAUUUGGCAGGAGUAUGAGGAUAGCGAGACGAGCGAGAGUUUGUUCGUGCAUGAUGUGGAUAAGAUUGAACUGCUGCUGCAGAUGGUCGAGUAUGAGCGGGAGAGUGGGUGUGAGAGGGAUUUGGGCGAGUUUACUUGGGUCGCGAAGAAGAUUGUGAGUGAAGAGGUGCAGGGCUGGGCAAAGGAUGUCUUUAGGGAGAGGAAGGAGUUGUGGAAAAUCGCGGGCAGGACGUGUACUUGGAGGGCGGAUACGGAGCCAAAGGAAUGA